UAUAAUUGCCGACCAGGGAUGUCGGAUAUUUUUUUAUUUAUUAAUUGUAUUGUUGUUUAUUGCAGAUCUUAUUUAUGAACAAGAUCGAUCUUUUUCAAGAGAAGAUUUUACAUUCGGGGCGGCAUCUACGGCUGUAUGUGCCGCAGUUCAAAGGUGCAGACUGUGACGUGGACGCUGCGGCCCGAUACAUCGCCGGAAUGUUUGUGUCUCUCAACGCCACGCCCAGUAAACUCAUCUACCACCACUUCACCACGGCAACGGACACCUCCAACGUACAGAUUGUUUUCCAGGUCGUCAUGGACACCAUCAUCAAAGAGAACCUAGAGGCCGUCUCUCUGCUUUGAUUGGUUCUAAGAGUUCCUAUGAGUUCUAACAGUUCUGAUGGUGCUGGUUGGCUUCUGGGCUCUGGGGGGGAAGUUUCCCUCGGUACAGAGCUAGACUCAGCUUCCCCUCACCAAAUCAUAACCUUAAAGGGUCAAUCAGCAGUUGCUACGUACAUUUUUGGACUUAGCAACUGGCCCAUUGAUUCUUGAAGAAUGUAACUUAUAAAU